AUGGAUUGCAUAGUAGCGGCGUCCACUGGCGCGUUAAAAGGUAUAAAUUUACGUGAGAAUUCAUUCACGAAUUUGCUACCGAUUAAAACGUUGGCUCCAAAACAGGAUGAAAUCACCAGUAUGAUCUGGUCGGGAUCAGGACAGGGUGCUUUCUUGCUGUUUUACAUGGAGAAAUUACAUGCAUGUAUAUCCAACGAAAACGGUAUUCGAAACGUCGACGAGCACUUGAAGAUCAUGAAUGUUCCGUUAGGUCAUCGCAUUCUCGACAAGUAUUCGACAAUGGUGGUAGAGCUCGCUAUGCCGCAUCCCUUGCCACAGUAUGAUGACAAGGAUCGUCUCGGCCAUGAUGUGGUGGACCUCCUCCUGAAUAAGUUCCCGUUUAUGCUGAAGUAUUCUGAUGAGAGAAAGAAAGUAAUGGAAAAGUUCACCACGUGGAUGCAUCGUGCUGCUACUGACGCCUCAGUGGAUCGCUUGAAGUGGCCAGUAGUAAAAGACGAAUCCUAUGUGCAGUCAUGUGUUUGGUAUCUUAUGGCGUUGCAUCACUACCGUUCGAGCAAUUACAAUGAGAUUGAGACCUACUCCAAGCUGUUUCUCACAAGUGGCCAUGCUACUCUGGAGAGUCGAGUUACAGCUGGAGCUUGGGCUGUCUUAGCUUACACGUCAGUUUACCGCGUGUUCCAG